AUGUCACGGGUCUCCAGGUGCUCAGAGGUCUACGAUGGGGUCAUGCUAUACAUGCUCUACCUAAGCAAGGAGGAGCUACAAAGAUUCAAGCAACUUUUAGUGGAUGAGAAUUCUAGACCCGGCUCUGUCCACAUCACCUGGGACCAGGUAAAGACAGCCACCUGGGGGGAGGUGAUUCAUCUCUUGAUGGAGUACUUCCCCGGACGACUAGCUUGGGACGUGACUCAUGACAUCUUUGCCAAGAUGAACCAGGUGACACUGUGUCUUCGGGUACAGAGGGAACUACAAGACAUCCUACCUAACUUGGAGCCAGAGGAUUUGAACUCCAGAGGAACACAAAUGAACAUGGAGGCAGAAGAAUCUGAUGAAAUACAGAACUACCGACUGCAUGUGAAGUCCCAGUAUUCCCCGGUGGGGAACAGGACCACGUGGCCUGGGAACCAAGUGGACUUCCUCUACCAAGACAUACCCACACACCAGAGGCUCUUAUCAUGUCUGUUUCUUCCCAGGAGACCUCAAGGUCAACCGCCCAAGACGGUUGUCCUGCUGGGAGUCUCUGGGGUGGGAAAAACAACCCUGGCCCACCAGGUGAUGUUGGAGUGGGCAAGAAACAUGUUCUACUGCCACAAGUUCUGGUACGCUUUCUACCUCAACUGCUGCGAUGUGGCCCAGGACAAGGAGCAGAGCCUGUGUGAGCUGCUGUCACGCCAGUGGCCGGGGUCUCAGGCCCUCAUAUCCAAGAUGAUGUCCAAGCCGGAGAGACUACUGCUCAUCCUGGAUGGCUUCGAGGAGCUGACGCUGACCCUCACAGAUCGCCCAGAGGACCUGAGUGAGGACUGGAGCCAGAAGCUGCCAGCGUCCAUCCUCCUGGCCAGUCUGCUGAGCAGAAGGAUGCUGGCCAAGGCCACGCUGCUGCUCCUGCUGAGGCUGUCCACCUGGAGGGUUGCUAUGUCAUUUCUAAAGACUCCCUUUGUCCUAACACUCAUGGGGUUCAAUGAGGUAGAAAAAGCCCAAUAUCUCAGAACAUAUUUUGGCAACAAGGGGCAGGCCGAGGAAGCCUUGCGUUUUGCCAUGAAAAACCCCAUCCUCUUCCCUAUGUGCCAUGUUCCUGCGAUCUGCUGGCUGGUUUGUUCGUGUCUGAAAGAACAGAUGGAGAGAGGUGCCAAUCUUGCUCAGGUGUUCCCAAACGCCACCGCCGUCUUUGCCUGUUACCUGUCUAGCAUGUUUCCCAACCUGGCUGGAAGCCUUCCCAGCGACCCUCAGCAGAAACUAUUAGUAGGUCUCUGCAGCCUGGCAGCAGAUGGGAUGUGGGACAAGCGGUGGGUGUUUGGUAAAAAGGACCUUGAGCAGGCCAAGCUGGACACGACGGCCGUGGCUGCUCUCCUCAAGGUGAACAUUCUUCGAAGGGUUGCUGGCGGUGAGGACCACUAUGCCUUUGCCCUCCUGACCUUCCAGGAAUUUUUUGCAGCCUUGUUGUACGUCCUCUGCUUCCCGCAGAGGUUCCCGGAUUUCCAGAUGCUGGACCAGUUUCACAUGAAACUUCUGGUAGAACACCCAGGGAGCAAGAAAAACCACCUUGCCCACAUGGCGAUAUUUCUGUUUGGCCUCUUCAAUGAGACCUGUGCCCUUGCGGUGGAGCGGUCCUUUGGAUGCAAGCUGUCCUUGGGGAAUAAGGGGCUACUGAAAGUGGAAGACCUGUGGCAGGGGUGUGGCCUGCCCACCGUGCACCAUGGGGUCCCGCACCUGUUCUACUGUCUGUAUGAGACCCAGGAGCAGGCAUUUCUGAGUCAGAUCCUGCACAAUUGCCGUAAAGUGACCUUGAUCAUCAAUAAAAAUAAGGACUUGCAGGUGUCCGCCUUCUGCCUCAGGCACUGUCGACAUUUGCGGGAGAUGGAGCUGACCAUCGCCCUGACUGUCGCCAAGGCGAGCAGUCUUCACCCCUGUGCGUUUUCUUCUGCUGGACCAGAAGGCAACAAUGAGCGUUUUCGGUGGUGGCAUGACCUCUGCUCCGUGUUCAGGACACAUGAGAAUUUGGAAGCCCUAGCUCUGACGGACAGUGUUCUGGAGCCCAACACAGUGAGGGUUCUUUCGGAAGCACUGAAGCACCCUCAGUGUAAACUGCGGAAGCUGAUUCUUAGGCACGUGCAUCGCUGUCUGGUGACUGAAGAUUUAAUCCUCAUCUUGAUGGAGAACCAGCGUCUGAGCUACCUGGAAAUACAAGGCACGGCACUGCAAGAGGAGGCCAUAGAAGCUCUCUGCAUGGUCUUGAAGUACCAUCAGUGUUUUCUGCAGUGUCUGAGGUUGGAAGAUUGCCCAAUCAGCCCUAAGAAUUUGCGUAGCCUCGCCAGGAGUCUCCAAAGUAACUCCCACCUGAAGACGCUCAUGCUGGGCAAUGGCUCCCUAGACGACUCGGGGGCCUACUACCUGUCUGUGACCCAACUGGAGAGACUGUCGCUGGAGAACUGUGACCCCACCCUGUUCCGCUAUAACUGCCUCAUCUGUCCCCUCGAGAACAGCCAGAAGCUGACCCAUCUAAGCUUGGCUGGGAACCCCUUGAAGGAGAAAAGGGCCCAAGAGCUCUGGGACGCCUUACAACACGCCAAGUGUCCCCUCCAGAGGCUGGUCCUGAGAAAUUGCUCCCUGACCUCUGGCUGCUGUUGGAACAUGGCCUCUGCUCUUGUUCAGAAUAAAACCCUGAGAAGUCUGGACCUCGGUUUUAACAGCCUGAAGGAUGACGGGGUAAUUCUGCUCUGUGAGGCCCUGCUGAACCCUGACUCUGCACUGCAGGUUCUUGAGCUGGAGGCGUGUCUGCUCACCUCCGGUUGCUGCCAGGCUGUGAACUCCAUGCUCCUGCUCCACCAGUGUCUGAGGUACCUGGACUUGAGCAGGAACUGCAUUGAGCUCAGGGGCUUGCAGCUCUUCUGCGAGUCUUCUCAGAAGAGGACGUUGAACCCGAAGGUCAUGCUGGAGCAGAAACAGAGUUCUGGAGUGGAUAUGAUGGGCCGGCUGCAGGGCCCCAAAGUGGACAAGAACAUCCUGAAGAUCGUACAGGACUGGCAUACUGAGGGCUCUCAUGGGGCAGUGCAGACAAACUGA